CCAGUUUUUACCCACAGCUUGGCACCCGUGCGUAAUCUCGCGGGCAACUGGGUUAUUGCCAGAGGCGAGACAGGGGCCACGACCCGUCCGCGAUGUCCUGGGUGCUCCCCGUCGUGGGCGCGUGCUCCGUCCUGGUCGUGCUCUUCGCCGCCAUCUUCGCCUGGCACGUGCUCCAUGCGCACAAGGAGCACCGACCCUAUCCAGAGACUACGAGGCGCGCUCUGUUCCUCAUCGUUGCGGCGCUCAGCGGCGUGGAGUUGCACCAUGUCUGGAUUGGUCGCAUGUACGGGUGGAUGGUUCCAGUCAUUUUAGUCGGCAACGUCUGGGGAUUCCUCGACGCCGUCUUGCGAUUCCCCAUAGUUUACGACGUGGGAACGUUUUUUACCCUGAAGCAGUGCUUCCUUGUGACCGGCAAGGUGGUGUGCCUGUCAUGUGGGUUCGAGGACUUGAACUACGAGAGCAUGUUGUGGCUUCUUGUCGUUCUCGUCGUCAACGCCUUUUUUCCGUUGCUGUACACUCUGGCGUUACCCAUAGACGACGACGCCGUGGAUCAGCGGUUGGCGGCCCACGACGUCGUGGACGUCGACUUGGCCCUGCGCGUCGUAGAUCUCGCCAUGAACCGGCAACGGAGGCUGGAUAGCUACGGCAGUCUGAAGAGAAGAGUCUGCAGCACGGCGCUGAAGAUGGCCGACCGCUCUCCGUUGGCAGAGAAGGCCGUCAACUACAGCCUCAGGUUCCCGUCGAGCCCGAUGGUGAAGAGCUCCCACAAGAGCAGGUGCGUGUAGAAUCGGAGGACCCUUGAGUCAGCUAUCGCCGCCGCCGUGUGGAAGAAGAAUGGAAAUGCGGUGGAGGAUGAUGGAGAAGGAAAGAAGGAGGCGCUCUACGUCUUCUUGCACAGCCAUUUUAGGGCAACCCGGGGCAACCCCGAGCGACGUUGAGGACCAUUUUGACAAGAUUAAGCAACGCCCGCGGGGAAGGAGGUUCCAGCAGCGCUGAUUGCGGAUUCGCCUUGGGCGGCGUUGUGCUUCAUGCUGACGUCGCGGUCCAAAGUAGGAACGCCAACAUUGUACAGACAGAGGCGUGGAUUGCCACAGUGCUUUAGUGUGUGGGUGGAUCCUGCUUCAAAUUCAUUAUGGUUCCGGUGGAGGAGUGCUCCCGGCUCCUACUAGCAGGAGAUCAGUUUUCAAUCGUGCUAGGGCAACGACCCCUGGUUCAUUGAAACAUCGCUGUGGGAUCACUCUCGAACCGUAGAAUCGCGCAUUUCGUUAUGCUGAGACGUGGCUGGACUGAUGCUGCAACAGAUGUUGCUCAAUACAUCUGUAAGGCCACGCUUCUUGGGUGCAGUCUGCACCCAUUCAGGGCAGUCCAUGGCAGUCCAACGCACUGCUGCGCGCACUGGGGUCCAAGACUCCAACGUUGCGUCAUUGUUUGAUCGCCCAGCGAUUGGGUCGUGUACACUGUUAGAGCGUCACUUGCGUAGAAAACGCACGUGCCUGGUGCAUAGGGUGCGGACCUCCGAAGGAGUCCUACCGCUUAUUUUCUGUGUUCUGCAGUUCUUUGCACAAUGGAUGCAGGGAUCACAUGGCGCAGUAUGCUUGAAUUCCCCGCGUUCGCACAACCGACUUGAUUGCGGCAUUUUGGUACAAAUCGUGUCCAUCUGUUGUUCAGUUAUGAGUUGACCAUGACGCGCUUAGCAUGCAGUGAUUGGUCAAGUGUUGAUGGGCGCUUGCCAAGCAAACUGUACAGAUUGCGCGAUCGAAAGUGGUCUCCAGAGCAGGUGUACACAAUGGGCGUACUCGAUAGCCAAUGUUGUCUGAAUAGUGUCGUAUCCCCAAGAAGUUUCACGGUCGUGCUCAUGUGAUAGAGUUUCUACGACGCAUUUGAGGGUGAGCCAGUGAGGCGCACGGAGUGCCUCGUUGGUUACGGCCCAUUUCUCCCACCAUAUUCCACACAUUGCACCGCGCACCGCAUUGCUUGACCCACGUCGAUAAUUCCACGCCUCCUCAGUGCAAUAACACUGAUUGGGGCCCACGCUGGCAAACAUGGGUGGUAUCGCACAGAGAAAAACGCUGUCGGCUGCUGUUUCGCAGCUUGUCGCUCGCGAGCGCCAAGAAGUUCCAAGAGCUACGCACUGCGCAGCCCGCCCCACACAAAAGUGUUGCGAGCCAGCUGGGGA